AUGGUUCUGGAAUCAUGGACUUCAAGAGUCAUUCUUGGCGUGUUGGCCGCAUUGGUUUUAUAUCUCUGGAAGAUCAAUCGUUCCAUGUCAACUACCCCGCCUGAGGCUCUGCGAGUGUCGCCAGAUCGAUGGACGCCGGAACAGGUCAAGCAGACUUUUGAGCGCCUGGAAAAGCAGCCGAUUGACUGGACGCCCCACCUGCCGCCCAAGCUAGACAGACGCUACAUUAUUGUUGGCGGUGCCGGCUUGGUUGGGGGUCAGUUGGUGAUCCAACUGAUCGCGCGCGGCCACCCCCCUGAGGCGAUCCGCAUUGUCGAUUUCCGUAAGCCUGGACGCGACGAUAUGAGCGAGGGCCCGGUGUCUCAAGUGGAUUUUGCCAAAGCUGAUAUAUCCUCGAAUUCGGAAACCUCUGCCGCAUUUGCUAGGCCAUGGCCACAGUCCGUUGCCCACCUCCCGCUGACUGUGUUUCAUACUGCCGCCGUCAUCCGUCCCUCUGAACGUAGCCCGUUGGUCUAUGAUCGUUGCUCACGGGUCAACAAAACUGGCACUGCUCAUGUGCUUGCUGCUGCUAAAGCCUCUGGCGCUGACGUAUUCGUCUUCACCUCAUCUUGCAGCAUUAAUUUGAAGCCUGUCAACUUCUUCAACGCGCCAUGGAAGCGGUGGCCUACACACUUUCUGCAGGUUCUGGAUGAGCUGGAUUUCUGGAAACCUUUGCGACCUCACCGAGAAUUCUUUGCCAAUUAUGCCUUGACAAAGGGGGAAGCAGAGCGCCUUGUUUGCGAUGCGAACACCAUACCGGAAGACCCCUUACAGCCAGGCGGCUUCCGGACAGGUGCAGUCAGGCCAGGAAAUGCCAUAUAUGGCCACAAGGACGACUACCUUGUUGGCGCCACCGUGCGUAUGGCCAGCUUUCCAACUUUCACUGCACCUUUCAUGCAGAACUGGGUACACGGGGCCAACGUUUCGCUGGCGCAUUUGCAGUACGAGGCAGCACUUCUCAGCUCCCACGCCCACAAGGUGGCGGCGCGACCUUUCUUGGUCACGGACGGAGGAGCACCUCCUGUAUUCAAGGACUUCUAUACUCUUGUCGAGGCAGUCAGCAUCACACCGAUGCAUGUGCAGUACCCUCCACCGGUGUUUCUGCUACUUCUCGCGCACUGCGUUGAGGCGUAUUGUCUCUUGCUCUGGUAUGUACCGGUGCUACAGAAGUUCUUCUCAGAACCCUCAAUGCCAUUGUACAUGAUGCAGCCAGCGAGUAUAGCCGGAGCCAUCAACGCACUGAUCAACGACUCUGAUGCGCGUAGGCCGGUAAAAGCCGGUGGGCUAGGUUACCAGGCCAAGUGUACGACCAUGGAAGGGUUGUGCAUGCAGCUAGGGGCUUGGAAUCGAUAUGUGCGGAGCCAAAGCAAAGGAUCGGGGAGUGAGAACGGUCUUGUAAAGGAUUCAAUCUCAGUCGGAGCAGAACCUGUCACAAGGGGAGUAUGA